CGCAGUCAUUUAGUUACACAUAAGUGUCGCUGUGUAAUGUUGUAUACUAUCUGUAUUUGUGUUAUUUUAAAAAUUCUAACCGUUGAAAAUCUAAACCUUCUGACAUUCGAACUUAAAGGAAAAGAAUUAUUGGUUAGAAAAAUUUAACAAAGUUCUUUUGCUGCAUUUCAACUAAUCUAAAGUUUAAAAAUUAGAGGUUAUAGUCACUUACAUUUGGAUUUUCUAAGAAUUUAUCAGUGAUAAUUGAAAAUAUUUAUAAAAAAAAAGAUAAUAACUAUUGAAUAUUUUCCAAUACUCGUAAAAUAUAUUAGUAUUGUCACAACUUAUUUAAAAACAAUUGUCGAUAAAAUGCCGCGAACUAAACAAGUUCGUAAGCGGAGCUCAAGUAAUGCAAUCACGGAUGAAUGUGAUCUAUUGAUUAAAGAUUGUGAUAAAAAAGUAUCAAUGUUGGUUCGUAACUCAGAGGCUACUUUUAAAUCCAUCAUUGAUGGUAUAAAAAAUCAGAUCGAUACGGCAUUAUUUCGUAUACCACCAGAAAUACGCAAAAUUACACUAGGUGAAUUAGUUAAUCUUGAUAGAGAUUCAGAUGUAAGUCCAAAUGACGAGACUGUUAAUAAAGAGCAAAAGCGUAAUGUUACUGUACCACAUUCAUCAAUAAAAUCAAAAAAAAUUCUUAAACGACAAACUGCAACAUCUACUGAUGACGGAUAUGCUACUGAAUCAGGUACAAAAAAGAAGUCUAUUCGCCACGUAUCAAGAUUAGAGAGUACUGAAUUAAAAUCACAUGCAAGUCGAGUUACCCGUAGUGGAUCACGAAGUGAAACCCGAAAAUUGGAACGAUCGUCAUCAGUAUCUAAUGACAGAAAUACUUCUAAAACAAGAACCACUAAGAAAAUGUUUACUCCUACUACUAAACAACCUAUGAAGAGUCGUGCCAUUACUCCAAAAAUUGAACCAAAUACUCCAAUGAAUAUUUUGCGUCGCCCUCGUGAAGGCGAAGUUGUUCUAAGUAUGCAAGGAAGUCCAUUAUUAGUAUCUGCUGUGCCUGAAGAUCGCAUGGCAAGUGUUAAUGUUCCACUUCAAAAUGGAAAUAUGAUAUCUCUUUUGCCUAAAGACGGAAGAUUACGACUUUCUACUUUACCUGGAUUGGACGAGGAAUCAACAAAGCAGUUAAAAAUAUUGAAAGAACAUCUUGAAAAAGUUAUUGGAAAUCAAUAAUCAUACAAGGAUUUUAUAAAGUUUAAAACAUUCAUAGUUUAUAAGCUUUUACGGACUUGAAUUUCAAAUAUCAUUACUACACGUAGGGUGAACAAUUUAUAACAUCAUUAUUUGUUAGAAAGUAAUCUCGACAAUGGUGCGUCAACUAAGCAUUUUAAAAUGUAAUAAUUUUUCACCAAGGUAUUUAUAUUCUGUUGCUCGUUUUUUGACUGAUAAAUUUAACUAUAGUGAGGAAUUUGUGUAACAAUAAAAAAAAUUGGUUCUUUUUUCA